AUGGGCUCGGCCGAAACGCGCGCCGUGGGCACGGCGGCGGCACUGAAGGAGCUUGCCUUCAAGAAGAGGGCGCUCGACGCCGACUGCACGCUACGCAACCAGGAGAUCGACAUGCUCGAUGACGCGGGCACGCGCAGGAAGAGCGGGCUCGGCGGCGAGGACAGGCGGCAUAGCACAAUCCUGCAGGUCUCGGAGCAGAUCUACGAGAUCGAGCGCGAGAUGUGGGUGCUCAAGAACGCACGCAAGGGCGAUACUACGGCGGCGGCGGCGACCGUUGCCGUUUUAGCGCGGCGCGAUUGUCAGGUUGAGUUGCAGCUGACGCAUGUGCGCGACGCGAAGGAUGCGAAGGUGCAGUGGGCGAAGGGCGCGGACGGGAAGAACGCGGAGAAGGACGGGUUGUACGAGUUGGCGUGCGGCGCCCCUGCGGGGAAGGUGUGCGAGCUCCGGAUGCCCGCGGGCGUGCGCUGGCAGGACACGCAGGGGGUGGAGAUCCACCUACUGCCCUGGCACUUUGUUCUUUCCCUGGCGGCCCUGCUCGACUACGACGUGCCGCUGGAGGAGCUUGCGAUCAAGCUGCAAAUCGAGUUCGUCUAG